UCAGCCGCGCAGGGCGAGAGCUUUUCCUUUGCGACAAAUCUCAUCGUCCCCUGGCAGAGGCAGGGGAGAGUCCCGGUUCUCUUAAGGAAAACCGGGGUGGGGGGCUUAUGCUGGUAGGCUGCUCCCCCAUCCCCCUCACCCUUCCAGCCUCCCCUUUCCCGCGGUCGAGACUUCUGUCUCCUCAGAGGAUCACCCGGGUCCUGCUGCUGUCGGAAUCCCACGGCACGUUUUUAGCUCUCGCGUAGCUGCAGUUGAGGCCUUUCUGCCACCAGGAAGGUUGGAGUAACCACCCCGUACAUGUGUAGUCAUUGCCACCUACAUCCCUGGCUGAUAGAAGGCAGAAGGAUUUUUCCAUUGCUUUUUAUUUGUUUAGGGUGGGGUUUUUUGGGUUUGGGUUUGGGUUUUUUUUUUUGCAAUGCCAUCUCUGAUUUCUGUUUUGUGACAGUGUAAGUACCUUUUCCCCUAUUGCUGAUCUAUUCGUCAUGUUUAUUUGUGCUUGGGGUUUUACUUUCCUCCAUUUUUAUAAAAGUGUGUCUUGCCCAUUUUUGGGAAUACACCAUAAUCACCUUGAAUUUAAAUUCAUCCCCCUCAUGCCUUCCAUACACCUCCUGAAUUUGUAUCAUCAAGAGAUUAUAUAUGUGUCAAAACCAUGUUAAAUCAGCUUCAUCAAUUGGUUUGUGUUCAUGAUGGUAUCAAAAAAGGAAAGAUACAGUGUAUUUUCCUCCCCCUAAAUCACUGCUGCCUGUUUUUUAAUCAUCUGGGUGAUAUGUGAGUGCUUAUAGAUUUCUUCUGCUGUGCUUUGCUGUGGUGUCUUUCCUGGUAUGGGAGCUGUGAGGGCCACUCUUAAUUCCCUGUAUCUUCCAUCUUGCCUGAUUUUAAAUUGUCCUUGUCCCAUCUUCUGGGACCUCCUUCACCAUCCAGGAACUAACAAAGAUUGCAAAUAAUUCAGCUUGCCCAGAGAGGCUGUGGGAUCUCCAUCCUUGGAGGGUUUCAAGAUGCAUUUGGAUAUAGGCCUGAGCAAUAUGGUGGGUCCCCAUAGUUGCCUGGGCUUUGAGCAGGAGGUUGGAUGAGACUUCUUGAGGUCCCUUCCCAACUCAGGAGUGAUGUGAGAACCACCUGUUCUGUGUGAAGAACGAGAUAAAACAUUUGAUGAAAGAAACAAAACAUCUGAUAAAUGGAAGCCAUGAAGAUAUCAAAGCGGUUCUUCGCUUUUGGGAUUUUGGCAUGCAUAGCUAUUUAUGUUGCAUACAUAAAAUGGCACUUGGAUUCCAAACCAGUCAUGGGAGAAACAGAAGGAGUUGCUGAAAGCAGGGGAGACAAACUGAACCAUCAGGCACUGACCACAGAUCAGUCGGUCUUUUAUGGAAUUAUGUUUGAUGCAGGAAGCACUGGAACUCGCAUUCAUAUUUUUAAAUUUACGCAGCGGCCAAAAGAGACUCCCAAAUUAACCCAUGAGACGUUUAAAGCACUGAAGCCAGGUUUAUCUGCAUAUGCCGAUGAUGUUGAAAAGAGCAGCCAGGGAAUAAAAGAGCUCCUGGAGGUGGCGAAGAAGGAAGUUCCUGUGGAGCUGUGGAAGUUUACUCCUCUGGUCCUGAAAGCCACAGCUGGCCUACGGUUGCUGCCAGGAGAGAAAGCUCAGAAACUGCUGGAUAAGGUGAAGGAGAUUUUUCAGGCCUCCCCCUUCUUCGUGAGGGAUAACUGCGUGUCAAUAAUGAAUGGAACUGAUGAAGGUAUUUCAGCCUGGAUCACAAUAAAUUUUUUAACAGGUAGCCUAGAUGAUCCACAGAAAAGAAGUGUAGGGAUGCUGGAUUUGGGUGGUGGAUCAACACAGAUCACCUUCCUUCCACGCACUGAGGCGACUCUGCAGACAUCACCAGCUGGCCAUACAACCUCAUUUCAGAUGUUUAACAACACCUACAAGUUGUAUUCGUACAGUUACCUGGGACUCGGGCUGAUGUCAGCAAGGCUUGCCAUUUUAGGAGGAGUUGAGGGAAAACCUUUAGGAGAAGGAGAGGAAUUGAUCAGCCCUUGUUUACCACCUGGCUUCAAAUCUGAAUGGCAACAUGCUGAGAUAGUGUACAAAAUUAAAGGACAGAAGGCAGGUGAGCCUCUCUAUGAGUCUUGUUCUAACAAAGUUACAAAGAUGCUCUAUAAAAAAGUGCAUAAAGCUGAGGAAGUGAAGGACUUGGAUUUUUAUACUUUCUCCUACUACUAUGACCGUGCAGCAGAGAUUGGUCUCAUAGAUAAAGAAAAAGGAGGAAGCUUAACUGUCGGUGACUUUGAAAUUGCAGCUAAAUAUGUAUGCAAGACCAUGGAAAUCAGCCUUGGAAGCAGCCCUUUUCUCUGCAUGGACCUCACAUACAUCACCUUCCUCCUGCAAGAGCUGGGCUUCCCAAAGAACCAAGUCUUUAAGCUUGCCCGGAAAAUUGACAAUGUUGAAACGAGCUGGGCAUUGGGAGCCACUUUCCAUUACAUCGACUCACUUAAUAGACUGCAGUACUAAAGCUCCUUGGAGGUGACUUUUGGGAAUCUCAGUUUUUGGAAGCCCAACAUGGGAGAAUCUGUUAAGGCCUGGUUUUGGCUUCUGGAGUCCUUUGGGAGAUCAUCAUAAACUAGGCCCCUUUCCUCCCACCCCCUGCCAAGUCCCUUCCAUCACUAGCUCUGUUUUUACAUGAAGAGUGCAGUGUAAGAAUAAGCCUUGAUUUGACAGCAUCUGCAGUCAACUUGAUGUAAAACUUGAUCAUUGUUGAAGGAAAUCCAGCACUCUGCAGGACGUCUAUGAUCUCUAUGAGAAAAACACACCUUUUUGGAAUAUGCCUGUACUGUCUGCAUUUACUGUGCUGAAGUUGCUGUAGGAAGUGGUCACUCCAGAAGGAACUCUUUACUGUCCUGAUUUCAGGGUGUUUUUUCCUGUUUGUCAACAGUUUCCAGUGAUGAUUUUUAUUUUACUACUUCUGUGUUUGAAGGUGAACUUUUGUGUGUGCAUGCGAAGACAGUGCAUUUACACAGAUGUGCUGCUGACACGCAGCAGCUUUGAAAUGUGGUGGGGAAGUCUCAACCCUGCUUUCCACUUGCUCAACUAGAAAAGCUCAGGAGCACUCUAGAAACUGGAUGUGGACUUAGAGGCAUGAACCAGAGCCUAAAUGCCCUGUAGUGUUAAAGCCUACAGCCUGAUGUUGGUUCCCUGGCUGUGGGAAGAUGGAUGGUAAAAGACGACAUCAGGUUUGCUGGAUCUAGAUGAGCAAGGCCUGGGAGUUGGGUACAGGGUUAGUGAUGGAUUUGACAGUUCCAAAGUCGCUCAGGGUAAGAUCAAUGAGCAAGACGCAGCCACAGAAAUAAACCCUGAGCACAGCUUCUUGGACCUCACAGACAUUUGUGCCUCGUCAAGGUUGAUGGAGGGCCCGGGAGGAAUGCAUUUAUGUGGUGGUUUGGGUGCCGCUUCCUGCAGACGCAUCUCACUUUGAUACGUGUGGUUGCACCGAGCCGUGGCAGGGUAGCUGCAGCGCACCCUGUACGGUGUCCUGUACGCGGGCUGGAAGGGAUCUUGGAGGCAGUGGGAGCUGGAGGUGACAUGCUGCGGUAUUUGUAAUCUAACUGUGGAAUUGUGUUGUAUUUGUAUGGAUGUUUAGAGCAGACCCGAGUGAUCUUUUGGGAGUGCGAAAGAGCCCAGCCUCCUGGAGAGCCAGCAGUGCAAGCCCCCACCCAGGGGCUCAUGGCCACAGCCUCCUCCUUCCCUGGGGGCAGGAAGAUGUGGUGUGGUGGCGUGUGGCACUGCCUGGCUGCUGGCCCUGCAGCUGAGUGUACAGGGGACACUUGAACCCCGCUGUACUGGCAAUAAAACC